AUGACGAAAUUCAUCUCAGUAAACAAGUAUAUGACAGAAGUCAAAGAAGAACUAGACCCAUUCACAUAUUUGAAUGUUUACUUCUACCAUUUUGAAAAGUCUACAUUUGACAAAGUUUGGAACAUCGAACCAGUUAAGUUUGCUAUUGUGACUAAAAAUGGUGCGAAAUUUGAAGACUUAGACAUAGAAGGUUUGUUAACAGUCAAAGAAAGUUUUGACAGAAGGUUUUCAAACCUUAAAGAAGGCAAAGCAUACAAACUUGUUAUACCUUAUGAACCAAAGAAAGCAGACGACUAUGAAUAUUAUGAGUCUAAGAUAGUAGUUGAAGUUCAAGGUAAAUUGGGUAAAAAGAUUUUAGAGUCUAAGCCGGUGUUUGCUCCUAAAGAGGAAGAGAACAUUGACAUUGACCCAGAAAUGUUCUAA